AUGGGCUCAAUCAACAAAGAGCAGUUUGAAGAAUACCCUGCGCUUGCUAGUCUUCAGAGGGAUGUCUAUCGGCCUCUACCUCAAAACACCAAGCUUCCAGACCCAGCCGAAGCUGACGGAGAAUCAUUAAUCAACAAAUCUCUUCAGUCCCUAGCAAAAGGCCUCGAGGAGAAUAAUGCCCCCAAGGUGAAAUCAUGUUUCCUCAAUUCGCAAUCAUACUGGCGUGAUUUUCUUGCUUUCACAUGUCACCUUGGAACAUUCAACGAUAGUUCUACGAUAGCAAUGACUCUGGUCGAUCUUAAAAAAGAGCGGGGAUUAGCGGAUGGGUUGCAUCUUCUGCCAAAAAGCAUUCAAUGUGUUCCAGCUACUCCGACUCUACACUUGCUCCAAGGAAUGUUCACAUUCAGAACGAAAAGCCCUGCGGCCCUCUGUAGCGGAUUUAUCACUGUUCUUCCUGAAGAGACAGAUGGAGAGUUUGCCUGGAAGAUUUGGAGCUUGGUAACAUGGAUUGAUGACUUCCAACUUCACCCGGAGGAUGAAUGUGCUUUAAAAACCCCCGCCCGGCAGCUCGAAGAUGUCGAGGAUAUUAAAACUGAUGUUUUGAUAAUUGGUGGUGGAAACGCGUUAUUUACUCACCUCAUCAUGCCCGGGGACUACUACUAG